UUCAGUACGAAACUUGGCAACCUUGGCGGAAACGCAAAUGGCUGCCAAUGUGUAAUAUAUGCGUAACCGCAAAGAACUUUUUCGUUUUUAUUUGUCCUUUAAAGACGACGUUGCAAAAUGGGGAACACCGGGUCUGGCAGUAAGCGUGAUCGCACCUUUUCCACGGAAACUGAUCCUCCAUCGUCGCCUGGUAAAGAUGACCGUGCAUUCGAGUUCUCAACGAGUGGGUCGCGGAAGAGCCGCUUCAUCUACCAAGCUUCUUUGGAUGAUUCAGAUGAUUUUCCGUCUUACAAAAAAACAGAUGGAGAAAUGCGACCACGAUCUGCAACAUUGGAGGGAGGCACGCCCACGAAAACCUUACUACCGACAGUUUUCAAGUGGGAAGGCGGUGGGAAAGAUGUCAGCAUCAGUGGUACGUUCACGAACUGGAAGCCUAUCCCCAUGGUGCACAGCCACGGCGAUUUCGUGGUCAUCCUCGACGUUCCAGAAGGUGACCACCAGUAUAAGUUUAAGGUCGAUGGACAUUGGGUUCAUGACGAGCACGAACCAACAGUCGACAACGACCUGGGUACCAAGAAUAACCUCAUAAACGUCAAGGCCUCGGACUUCGAAGUAUUCGAAGCGUUGGCUAUGGACAGUGUGGGGUCAGGCUCGUCGCAGAGCAUUUCGGGUUCGCCGCCAGGAGAUUAUGGACAGGAACCAGCAGUGCGCAAACCCUACGAGAAAAGCACGGGGCCACCCGUCCUGCCACCACAUUUGCUUCAAGUUAUCCUCAACAAGGAUGUGCCAUUACGAUGCGAACCUACACUUCUUCCAGAACCGAACCACGUUAUGCUGAAUCACUUGUACGCGUUGUCCAUCAAAGACGGCGUUAUGGUUCUCAGUGCCACCCACAGGUACCGCAAGAAAUAUGUCACUACUCUGCUAUACAAACCCAUAAGAGGCUGAAAAUGGGGAGUCUUCCCUCGUCAGAUUGCUUGAGCUCCACGAUACAUCUCUGUACAGAGCGCAACAGAAUUUGCAAAGCAGAAAAGUAGUGAACCACGAAGCAGAUUAUUCAGUUGCAUAAUGUGCUAUACAAUUACCUUUUUCUAGGAAUCCUCGCAAUUACCAUUCCUUUUCUGACUGACGUAGGGUGUUAUGUACAAUUGCUUCAUGAUUGUUAUGUUUAUUAAAAAGUUUAUUAGAGUAUAUAAGAAACUGCUUUCUGGCAGCUACAAUAAACGUUCAUCUUACACAUGCAGUUUAAGAUGGCUUAAACACGCAUCACUGGCAUGUAUGUAUGAAGGGCAUGGGUACACAAAAGUGCUAAACCGCAAAAUGAGGCAUUAGACUGAUAAGUGUUCUGCAGUUCAUUCACGACCUUUAUCAGUGAAACAGUAAGGAGAAAAUCGGUGAUGUUGCCUUUGCAGAUUCCUGGAAAUAGAAGUGCACUUUUCUUGAAAGCAUAUUGGUCUUGUAGUGCACUAUGUGGCCCAGUGUUUUUCAUGUACCCAGCCUGAUCAUCACAUCAAUAAAACCACAGGCCAGCAAUGCUGGACAUUCCGUUGUAA